GCGUUCGUUUCUUCAUUUCUAAACGUUUUUUUCGACAUGGCUCUCAGUUUUAUAGGAAAACCGAUAUCUCUUAUUUCUCAUUCUGAUGUGCGUUACCGAGGCAUUCUGGCGGGCAUAGACCCUGCAGCCUCAACCAUACAGCUUUCAAAUGUAUUUUCUAUGGGUACCGAAUCACGGAAGCCCCCAUCCGAGUUCAUUCCUCCCGUUCAAGAACCAUAUCAAUACAUUAUCUUCCGUGCUUCUGAGGUCAAAGAUCUUGCUGUUGACGAACCCACACCCCGGCGAAGCGUGCACGACGACCCCGCUGUACUUGGGGCUUCUGCACCUGGUGUGAACCAAGCACCCUACCCUCCUUAUGGUUCACCCUAUCAGCAGCCUGGACCUGGCGUUCAGCCACAGAUGCAGCAUCCCCCACCACAACAGCCGCAACAGGCACCUGUUUACCCUACACCACAACCUCCUGUCCCUGCUCAGGACAUCCCACCUCAACGUGGACCUGUGCCUGCGGCUCCCGAAGCUCCUAGCACAAGCAACGGCCCGCGCCGCGCCAACAAUUCGGUCCAUACUGCAGCUGCAUCCCUCGAGACUGUGGAACGUGCCCUUGGCGACUUGCGUGUAUCGAAUGGGCACCCUAAUCACGGACCGGGUGGUCGAGGUGGAGGAAGGCGAGGGCAUGGUCACCACGGGCAUCAAGAUGGGAAGGAGAUCAAAGUUCCCGCGACGGACUUCGACUUCCAGAGUUCCAACGCUCGCUUCGAUAAGGCUGCUCUUGCGCCCAAAAAACCCAAAGAAGUUUCUGACGAUGAGAUCACCAAUCCUUCCGAUGAUGAUACGGCUGAGAAGCCCCAAGUGAAUGAAAAGGAAAAAGAAAAGGAGAAGGAGCAGGAUAAGGCGUAUAAUCCUACAAUGUCGUUCUUCGAUUCAUUGUCUUCCUCAACGCAAGCGGUGUCCGUUCCUAGAGGCGGAGGACACGGUGGUAGACGAGGAGGUGGAGGGAGGUAUAGGAGGGAGGAGGAGAGGGAAAGAAAUGUUGCUACGUUUGGUGAGCCCGGUGGGGUAGGAUUGAUGGGUCCAGGUGCAUAUGUUGGUGGUUGGGGUGGAUAUGGACGCAGAGGAAGCAGGCCCAGGAGGGGUGUUCCUCCCGUUGGGGGACGUUCGUGA